AUGAAUAUAUCAAGUGUCGAACUCAACCCAUACGACAGAACAGCUCUCCUUGCAGUGUGUGGGCUUGUAAUACAGGAAAGCGCCUCCAAAGACAUUCCAGACGAGUUUACCAAAGAGGACCUCAUUGGCUGGGCCGCAGAUCCGGGGAGUAGCGGGCUCCUGCCGGGUUAUCCCGUCGUGUUAGAGUCCUGCGGAGACCUUACUGAAGCAAAACUCUAUGAGAAAAAGCAGGGUCACAACGGUCACAUUGGCAGCAUCCGCCAAGCUUACGCGGAGUUUGUAGAGAAUUUUCACGAGGAACAAGCUGUCCUGCAGAAAGCAAUGGAAGACUCACAUUUGUACAAGGCGCUGAAUCUCGUUUUCUUUCAGUGGAAUGCAGAGUUCUUACUGCCUACUGUUUUUGAGGUCCUACAACCGUUCAUUCCAGGAAACGGCGCGAAGGUUGACGUCAACGACAUUGACGUCGUAUUCAUUACUAUGCAAGAAAACUGUGGUAUGGGGGCCGCUGACCACAAGCAUUUCAUACAACAGGUUGUCAAGGGUCUGAACGUGCUCAGCGAAGAGAAAACGUGGGACACAAACUCGUCAACUUACCGGGAAAUGGGCAACUUGUUUGGGACGAAGGCAUGUGCACAUGGGCCUCUGGCAAACCACCAGUCCAUUUAUGUGGUUUCUCGUCGAAGCAUAUUGCGGCUGGAGGCGACCACUACGUGUGAAUGGGGGAUGAACAUGCGCGAAAAAGGAUUUGUUGCGAUUUCGAUCGAGGCAGCCGACAUGGGGAGGAUUCUCGCGCUUGGCAUCCACCUGCCCACUCUCAAGGAGGAGCAAAGUGCGGCAUUGAUCACUCUGCUAAAGAAGGUCGUCGCUGCAUGCGUUCCCUCCAAACAUCAGGAUCAGGGCCUCGAUUACUUUGACGGAGGCGUAUACCUUGUCGGAGACUUCAAUUCACGCCUUUCGAACCCGUCGGUAGACAUCAUUUUCAAGAACCUGAAAAGGAGAACCGACUACGACGAUGUCUUCUCGCUUCCGCCUCCCCCCGCAGGGGAAAGCGUCCUAGCGCACCAGCUUCUUUAUAUCAUGAAAUACGAGCGGGAGGAUAAAGACACGCGGUUCGCUCCCCUUCUGUGGGCUGCCGAUUCUCUUGGCGGAUCAAACGAAGUCGAAGGAACCAGUGGAGAUCUCCGCACACCCCUGUUAGCAAAGGGUUUUUCUCUCAUAAACGUCUGCUACGGAGGGGCCUUCUCCUACAGUUGGUUGAAGAAGUGCUCUCCAAGCGCUACGGAAACAACGCGGAAGGUGAAGGAAGCGCCAGGCAAUGCGGGGUAUCUAGACCGCAUUGCUAUUAGAAUGCCUUCUGCGUCGUUGAAGCGCUCCGACACGCCUACGCAAGCGCCAUCUUUCCUUGAAGGUGCAGUAUUCCUGGUCUUUGCCGGCCAACUUGUCGACUUUCGAAGCGACCACUUUCCGCAGGUUUUUGUCGUACGGCUGAUGAAGAAAGUACAUCGGCCCUGGUAG